ACAUUGAUAAUUGAUAGAUAAAAUACGAAUCAAAUUACUCACUUCAAACAGUUUAAAUUUUUGCAGUUCGUAAAUUAAGGAAAAUACAUGGUUGUGUAUGAGAUAGCAAAUGAAACUUAAAAGUUCAAAAGAUUGAGCGUUUCAUUAGGUUUAACAUUUUCAGAACACUUUUUUUAAAAGCUGUUUUCGCGUGUUAGCAUGUUUUUAUGUUUAUGCUUAUGUAUAUACUUGUCCAUUUAAUGCAUUUCCUUAAAUGAAAUUUUCAUGAUAAUACCUAUUUCGUAUUAGUUUUACUGAGAAAUCUACGGGGAGAUUUCUGCAUCGUGAUCUACCAUAAUUAAUUUAUAAAGAGGUGUUUCAUAUUAAUAAUGGUCAAGCACUCAAGAAUCAAACUAAUGAGACGAAAAAAGAAAUUAUUUCCUUGGUUAAGAACAUUUUAUAGCAAAUAUAAGGAAAAGUUUUUUAAGGCUGAAAAUACUGACAUUUUUGAGUAUCUCUUUCUCAAAGUUGAAAAAGAAAUUGAAGAUAUUUAUUUGGAGACAAAUGAAGAAAGAAGAGAAGUAAAUGAAAAAAAAUCAGAAGAUUUUUUCAAUAUUUUAAACUCUCUUUUUCUCCAUUUCUGGUGGCAAAUACGUUGGAAAUCUUGCAAAAAGUGGGAAACUUACUGGAAAAAGGUGAAGACUACUAAAGUUUCAACAAAUGAUUCCAAUAGAAAGUGUUGUAUCCAACUUUUGCAUUAUAUGAUAUUGCUCUCAAUCUUCUUGACGGGUGGUGACGAACAAUCUGACUGGAUUGGUCGUAUUUUGACUGCUAUCAAAUCAUUACCAGAUGCUGUUGAUAUAUUAUGUAGUGCACUGCUUCUAACCAGUGACUUGAAGAAAAAGCAUAUAUCUGUUUAUAGUAUAAUUUUAAAGCACACAUUAUGCUGUGAAACUGUCAAAAAUACAGCAGAAUCCGAGACUUAUUGUAAAGUAAUUUUGUUGUUCAGAAGAUUGCUUAAGCUCACUGAAUGCGAGAAAGAAAAGUCUCAGAUUCUUCGCUUCACUUCAAAAUUGAAGGUUCCGAGUGAUAUACAAAACUGGCUUUCUUCUCAAAAUAUUGAAGACUCUAAAAAUCUUGACUAUGAUCAAAAUCUCACUCGAGAGUUGUUAUCCAGAUCCUAUCCUGAUGAACUGCUUAGAAAAUUGUCAGAGAUUUUAAGUGAAGAUAGUUUUUGCAAAAGAAAAUCUUUAAAAGUAGCCAAUAUUGAUGCUUAUAAUGUUCCAUCCAAUGUCACUUCAAAAGAGAAUUUAAAUACAGAAUUAGAUAAAGAUACGGAAUCAUUUGAUAAAACUAAUUCACAAAAUGGCUUAAACGGUAUAAGAAUACCUAGUGAAAAAAAUAUUAAUCACUGUUCUGAAUCAUUACAAAAUGUAUCAGAAAACCAAAAACUUGAAAAGAAAGAAAGUGUAAGAGACAGCCAUAAAAAGAAAGAAGCUAAAAUUUCAAAAGAAUCAUCGAAGAAAAAUAAAAAGCAUAAGAGAAAGUCUAAAGAAAAACCUGAUAUAACUGCUUUAAAAUUAAAUGAUGGAGUUGAAACUUGCUCAAAACUAAUUGCAUCUGCAUUAGACAUUGACGAAUAUCCAUCUAAUGUCACUGCAAACGAAAAUAUUUCAGGAAAUUUAAAUUGCGAGUUAAAUAAAGGUCUUUUGGAAUUAGAUAAAACUAACUUUCAAAAUGGAUUGGUUGCUGUAAAGACUACAACUUCUUGCAUAACAGCAGAAAAUCCUUCGAAUGAUGUCAAAAGCAGCAUGAUAGAUCAAAAUAUAAAUAAGGAAGUACUUAAUGCUAUUCAAGCAAUGUCUGGUGAAACAAAUGUUAGUCACUGCUCUGAAUCAUUGCAAAAGACAUCAAAUUCAAAAAAACAAAAACUUGGAAAGGAAGAAAGUGUAAAAGACAGACAUAAGAAAAAGAAAGCUAAAGUUUCAAAAGAAUCAUCAAAGAAAAAGAAAAAGCAUAAGAAAAAAUCUAAAGAAAAACCUGAUAUAACUGCUUUAAAAAUAAAUCAUGAAUUUGAAACUCACUCAAAAGCAAGUGUACCAGCAUUAGACAUUGAUGAGUGUUCAACUAAUGUCUCAGGAAAUUUAAAUAGUGUGUUAGAUGAAGGUCUCCUGGAUUCAUUAGACAAAGCUAGCUUACGAAAUAGUGUUGAAACUACUACAUCUUUUACAACAGUAGAAAACCUUUCUAAUGAUGCCAAUAAGAGGAUAAAACAUCUAAAUGAGGAAGUACUAAAUCCAUUUGAAAGAAUGUCUGGUGAAACAAAAUCUCCAAAAUCGGUAAAACAAACCUCCAAAAAACAAAAACUUGAAAAUGAAGCUAGUAAAAGGUCGAAAAAUAAAAAGGAAGAAAAAGAUAAAGUUUCAAAAAUGCAUAAAAAGAACCAGAACAUAUCUAAAGAAAAACUAGACGAAAACCCUGUGACAGUGAUUGAGAGAUUAGAGUCUAAUUCUAAACUAGGUGUAGACAUUAAUGUUUCAUCUAAUGUCUCUCUGGAAGAAAAUAUUUCAAAAGAUUUAAAUGACGAGUUAGAUGUAGAUCUUCUUGAAUCAGUAGUUCAAAAUGACCUGAAUGAUAUCAAUAAUAUGACAAAAGAUCUGCAUAAUACAGUAUUAAAUCCAAUGGACGGAAAAUGCAAUGAAAUAAAUGUUGUAUGCUGUUCAGAAUCAUUAGAGAAAGCAUCAAAAAAACGAAAACUUGAAAAUAAAAAAAGUGAAAGGCUCAGUCAUAAAAAGAAAAAGAAAGAAAAGCGUUUGAAAGAAUCAGUAAAGGAACAUAAAAAGAACAAGAGAAAAUCGAAAGCAAAAACUGACGAAACUACCUUAAAAAAAGAAGAGGACACUUACUCUAAGCUAAAUAUGCCUGCAUCAAACAAUGAUGUUCCAUUUAAGUCUAGUUUAAAAAGAAAUGUUUCUGAGGAUUUACUUGAAGCUCUUCUGGAAUCAAAUGCAUCUAACACGCAGAAUGACUUCAAUGGUAUUAAAACUACUACAUCUUGUAUAGCCACAGAAAGGACUUUUUAUGAUAUUGAUGGGCUAGAUAUAGAUAAAGACCUUUAUGAUUUAUUAUCAAAUUCAAUGGAGGGAAUAUUUGAUAAGUCACUGGGGAAAGCAUCAAAAAAACAAAAAAGCAAAAAUGAAGAAAGUGAAAGGCGCAAUCAUAAAAAGAAGAAAAAAGAUAAAAUUUUAAAACAGUCAUCAGAAAAUUGUAAGGAGAACAAGAAAAAAACAGAAAAGAAACCUGAUAAAAAUAAGGAAUUUGAACCCCCUUGUAAUUCUCAGAAACCCAAAAAAUCUAAAAAGGCUGAAAAGACUGUUGCAGAAAUAAGUAAAUCAAGUAAAGAAUAUGAUUGCAAUUUAAAUUCAGAAAGGAAUAGAUCCAAAUCUACUUCAAAUAUUGAAGAGUUGCAUGAUUUUGAAAGUACUUUAGACCAAGAAAAAGUUUUUCAUGAACAACCAGAUUGUAAUAUAAAAACUAAAAGAAGAAGAUCAAAAUCUGAAAGCCAGAAAAAAGAGCAAAAUCAUUCUAAAAAGUCAAAGAAGCUAUCUCGAGAUAAAAAGAUUACUAAACAUAACGGAAUUACUGAAUUUGAUACUACCGACACAAUUUUACCUGUCAAAAACUUUUCUGAAUCUAAAAACGUAUUACGUCAAAUUAAAAACCAAAGCCAGAGUAAAAAAGUUGAGAAACAUUUCAGCAAAAAACUUCAAAUGCCUAAUGAAUGUUUAAAUAUUCCUGGUGUUGAUAAUUCAAAUACAAUUCUCUCAGUUAAUAAUUUUUCUAAUCCCGAAAAUAUUCAGCAUGAUAAUUCCAUUAUUGAAUCAUAUGGUAAAAAAACAAAGGAGAAAGAUAAAUUAAAAGACAUUUCGGAAGAGAAAAAAUCUUCUGUUUCUGAAAACAAUUAUAAUGAAUUAUUUUUAAUGAAGGAAAACACCGUUAAUAAACCCAAAAAAUCACCCAAAGUAAAAAGGAAAAAAUUAUUUAAGGAUUCACAUUACCUGAACAAUUCUCACAAAGAAAUUCAGUGUAGCACAACUAUUACAAACAAUUGUACAGUGCCGACGGAACUUUCUCCAUCAAAAAGACAUUCAUUUUUAGAUGAUGAUGCAAGUGGUAAUAUUGAUAUGUCUUCAAUAAAUUCAAAUAUUGAUUCAAAUUUUUCCUCAUCUGAAGAAACUACUACUUUUUCUGAUGUGUCUGAGAUACUAAACUUUCCGGUAGAUAUCUAUCGUCAUAAUGUUGCUCUGGGUCUUUCUCCAAAAACUAAAAGUAAGAAAAUGCCAAAUUCAAAUAUCAAUGAACAAAACAAAGAAUUCUCAUUAUUAAAUAAUGACUUGUUGAUGGCAAGUAAAAAAAUACUGCAACAAAGUACUUCUGAACCUGUUAAAUCACAAAGUUGCAUUGAUAAUGAGUCAGAUGCUAAAGGAACUGAAAAAGAUGACAAUCAAAAUGCUGGAACGUUGUCAUUCUGUAGUACAAACAUAUCAGAAUCUGGGGUUGACUCUGAUUUUGUUGGUGGAAAUAAAGUGCCAAAAAAAUGUGCUUCUACUGCUGUGCUGACAUCAAAACAAAAUAAUGAAGUUAAAUCAGCUUCUAUUUUCCAACAAUCUCAGUUUACAAAUAAUACUGAAGAUACAUUUUUAUCUAUGAAUUGUUCCUUUAGGCAAGAUUUUGAAGCAAAUAUAAAUAUUCAUAAAUCUUCAUCUGAACGUAGUUUUAGUUCUUUUUCACAUUCUAGUCUUAAUCCUUCUGUUAUGCUAAACGAUGUUCUCCCAAGUAAAUCAGCUCAAAAAUACAUUUCUACACCUGAAAAGUCAUUUACAUCAAUUUCUGAGUCAGAUAGGGAAAUGCAAUAUUGUACUCCACCUGGAACUGAUACAAAUUUAGAAAUGAGUGUUAGUCAUGAGCUGACUUCAGAAAAUAUUGCUAAGGCUAAUGAGCUAUAUAAAGAAACAAAGGGGGCUGUCACAGAUUUAUUUCGUACUGAUAAGCAGUGUAAUUCACCUUGUAUGCAAAAUGUAUCUACAAUUUCCCUUGUUAAUUCAAAUCAUAAUACUGAAUCCUGUGACUUUCAAUCACCUUCAACUAACUCAAUGGUGAGUGAAAUUCACCAAGAAUUAAAUGAAUUUCAAUCACCUUCUCUAAUCCAGGUAGCAAGAAGCAAUGUCUCGUCAAAUGAACCAGAGCGUUUAGCCACUUCUGUUUCACUGUCCCAAUUUAAUGUUUCUGUUACAAAAAGCCAAACUGAUGACUGUGGAACGAAUACUGAAAAUGUUAAUUGCAAAAGUGUUAGCACAGCUACUGAAACGAAUUACUUUCAAUCACCUUCUCUAAUCCAUUUUGCAAAUUGCAAUGUCUCAUCAAAUGAACCAGAACUUUUAAACACUUCUGUUUCAGUAUCACAAUUUAAUGAUUCUUUUACAAAAAACCAAACUGAUGACUGUGGAAUGAACACUGAAAAUGUUAAUUGCAAAAGUGUUAGCACAGCUACUGAAAUCAUUAAUUCUAAUAAUUCAGUAAAUAGUUACAAUAACGAUAUUAAUUCGAAUGACAUCUCUAAUCAAGUUUGUUCUAUACAAGUAACUGUCAACUUCACUGGUAAUGAUGAUUGCUCUGCAUCAAGGAAGCAACAAUUUGUGGCACAAUUUGGUUUUCAAACUGUUAAUAAUUUUGAAAGAACUCCUCUAGUUUCAUCAGUUUCUUUCACUCCUGCGAAUGCUUCUACACCAAUGAUUAAUAAUAAUCUUAAUCCAAAUCUUGACUCAAUCAGAAAUCAUGACCCACUACAUAUAUUUCAAUUUAAUCAGACCACUAAUUCCACUGAGAAAAGUGUUAAUUGUUACAAAUGCUGUGAUACUAAUACUUCUCACGAACCAGAAAAAAUUAGACAGUGUGUUGCUUUGAAUGACAGUGAUUUAAAUCGAACUCUUUUUUCUAAUUCUAGUCCAACUAUUGUAAAUAAAUCUAAAAACAUAAAUCAUCAAUCUCAUCCCAAACUUUUUUCAAACUUUGCUUCUUUAUAUGGUGAAAAUGAAGCUCUUUCCCACAGUUCUAUUUAUAAACAUGGGAGUCUGUUAUUCCAGAAUAAGUGUCUUAAACCAUUGACUAAUGAAAAUCUUGAUUCUCCAAUCGGAGAAUCAAAUGAGCUUCCUUUAAAAGCAAAAGAUAUAUGUGAUAUAAAUAAUGAGUCAUCUUACAGAACUAGUACUAUUUUAGAUGAAAGUGGUGAUGAUUGUUCACACAUUUCUUCUAGUAGUUAUUCAGACAUUCAAACAGUAGGUUCAAUGGAUGUUCAAACAGGAACUUUAAAAGUGGGAACUUUGUCUGAAAAUGAAUGUCUGUUAUCGCAAGAUGGAGAUUUUAUACCCUUAACUACUAAAAAUCUUGAUUCUCUAAGUAGAGGAGCAAAAUCUAUGAAUAAUGAUUCAUCUCUCAGAUCUAGUACUAUUUAUUCUAGUGAUAGUUCACUUAGUACUUUAAGUAAUUAUUCAUACAAUAAAAGAGAAGUUUCAGUUGAAGAAACUUCAAAAAUUAAACCUUCUUCUAAACGUAAACGUAACAAUAAAAUUCCUAAAAGCUGUAAGAGAAUUGAAACUGAUUCAGAUUCUUCUAUGCCAAAAUUAGAGCCUAUCAUAAUAGACAAAUCCAAAAGUUGUUCAGAAGAAGUUAGUAGUUUAAGCGAGAAAUCUUCCAAUGAAGGAGAUACUCUUGAAAAAAACGUUUCACCGGUGAACAAUCGCAGAAACAAGUCCAGAAAUUCUUCAAAAAAAGAUAAUAGCUUAAGCAAGUCACCUUCUGACGAAGGAGAUGAUCCUAAAAAAAACUUAUCACCGGUGAACAAUCUAGCUCCUUUAACGCCACAACGAAGUGAAAGAAGGCCCAGAAGAACUGUAAUUGUUCCUCAAGAAUCAUCUUCACAGCAGAAAAUAAUCACUCAAAAUGAAGUAGCUCCUUUAACGCCACAACGAGGUAAAGGAAAUGCCAGAAAAACUGAAAUUGUUCCUCAAGAAACAUCUUCACAGCAGGAAAUAAUCAGUCAAAAUAAAGGUUAUAAUUUGAGAGCAAAAAAGUCACUUUUAGUGACUUUAGAUUGACCCAUCAUUGAAACAAACAGAAAUGAAAUAUGAUAAUAACAGAAAUAUAUAUGUGAAGAUCUGAGUGAAAAAACAUGUUUUAAGAACAUUCCAAUGUUGAGGUAUAAUAUGCUAUGGUUAGUUGUAUAUGGAUAAGUUUAAUGUUUUAAAAAAUG